AUGGAAACUAGCACAGUAGGUGCACCUGUCAAUGUAUGCUGUAAGGGCGCCAAGUUCUGUUCUUACCUGGCCUGGUCAAGCACGCCUUUCGACAAGCAGGACUGCAUGGCUAAGGCGGCCACUCGCUUUCCGGAAUUAGCUGUUCUGGUGAGCUUACUGGUCGUAUCGUGGGGUCUUCUUGGGGGCUGGGAAAGAACGCUGAAAGCAGCAGCACAGCCAAGCGUCGAGCAAAUCAGCGACAUACCCUGGUUAUCCUUUCCGAUUUGCUUAGCAUACUUGAUUCCUCUAUUGGUUCCUAUCACUACAUAUGUGGUAAUUGCACAUUGGACGGGGAGUGAAUUAUUCCGAUAUUCAUAG